UACCCUGGCAGUUCCAUUGAUUCAACCCCUGUAAACACCGAUCCAACUACCACCACUAUGCUGACAAGGUUGGAAGUCGAAAAACAUCGUACCAGGGGGAGCUGCUGGACAAUCAUUGGCCAAACUGUCUAUGAUAUUACAGACUUCUUGGACAAACAUCCAGGAGGUGCAAGCGUUCUACUUCAAUAUGCUGGAAAUGACGCAACUAAAGCAUUUGAGUCUAUUCACGAAGCUGACCUUAUUACCCGGCACCUUGGUCAAGAGUACGGACCCAUUUCGACAGUACAAGAUGAGAAAGAGUCCAAAGUUGCGGCCAUUUCGGAGAGAAAGGUGCGACUCUCCUCCGUCAUCAGCAUUCUGGAUUUUGAAUACGCGGCAUCGCAGAAUCUUCCUCCAGCUGCCUUUGCAUUUAUCAAAACGGGCUCUGAAGAUGAACAUGCAGCCAAAUGGAACCGUGAUUCCUGGAAAAUAAUUCGUUUCCGCCCGCGUGUACUUCGGCCAAUCGACAAGGUUGACAUUUCGCGGUCUAUGCUAGGAACCAAGUUUGCUGCGCCCUUUUUCAUUUGUCCAGCUGGGGGCGCCAAGCUCGCUCAUUCCCAGGCUGAUUUGUGUUUGACUAAGGCUGCUGGUCGUCAUCAUAUCUUGCACUGGGUAUGUAACAACAGUCACAUGUCUCAGAAAGAUAUGAGCGAUGCACGUGCACGUGAUCAAACCACAUUUUGGCAGAUUUAUGUCAGGUCAGAUCUUGAUAUCACGACCCAGGAAGUUAAACAGGCGAUCAAUCUGGGAUACAAGGGGUUUGCGCUGACUGUAGAUGCCGUUCGUGCCGGGAAGCGAGAGCGUGACUUGCGGGUGACCUACGCUCAGCGUGAAAAAGACGGCAUGAGAGUCAACGAUGAUGAUGAAGACGAGGACUUUGCUGGGGAACCUUCGGUGGGGCGACCGGCAGUGGAGCCCAGUCUUGACUGGGUUUCUGCUAUGAAAUGGCUUCGAGGUAUAACUGAGCUGCCUAUUGCUAUCAAGGGGAUUCAGUGCUGGGAAGAUGCGGUGUUAUGCAUGGAACAUGGUGCUCAUCCGUGGCUUUCGAACCAUGGAGGUCGCCAGUUAGAUUCCGCUCCAUCAGCGGUGGAAACCCUAGUCUCCAUGCGCCAGCACUGCCCAGAAGUCUUCGAAAAGUGCGAAGUAAUUGUCGAUGGCGGUAUCACCCGAGGUUCCGAUAUUGUCAAAGCCCUUGCGCUCGGUGCUAAGGGUGUCGGAUUGGGCAGAGCCUUUCUCUAUUCCGUGGCAUUUGGCGAAGCAGGUGCCAACAAGGCAAUACGCAUCUUGAAAAAUGAGAUUGAGACGACAAUGGCCUUACUAGGCAUAACCUCACUCAAUCAAUUAAACACUUCCUACGUAUGUUUCUCAAUCAUCCAUCUUGAUCCCGUGAUAGUUUUACGCUUACUUACCGGCAUGCAGGUCGAUAUCUCUUCUAUCCCACAUGGCUUUGUGAGAUCAGUGAUUUAG